AUGGUGGUGGAAGGUAACCAGAAGAGAUGGUGGUGGAGGGUCAAUGGAAGAGACGGUGGUGGGUUGGGGUGGGUGGGACCCUUUAUGGAGGUUGGCAUGGUUGUGGUGACAGUGGAGAUUUUGAAGCCUUUGUUUGAUUCUUUAACAAUUGAUGAAAACGAGUGUUUAGUAGUUAAAAUGAGUGAAAUAUGGCAAUCUUUGAAGUCUGUAUUUGCUUCAAUAAUUCUUGCAUUGCCUAGUGGACAAGAAGCUGGACAAGAAGCUGAGAUUUUAAAUGAAUGGGCAAGAAUGACAUGCGAGAUGAAUCAUGUUGGAGGCGAUGAACUACAACUCAUAGAUUUUUCGGAGGAAGAUGAUUACUUAAUCGCGUUUCCUUUUCGCGAUUCUCUCGAAGAUCUUCGACUUUCAGUAACAUACGACAAUCUGAAUGAGUGUGAUCGUAUCAAGGUGUUUGAAAGUAUUAAUUCGCAAGUAGUAGAGCGGAUUGAUGAAGCACAGUUUGAAUCCAUGGAGCCAAGAAGACCAAGUUUCUUGCGUAAAAGCUUAGCUUGGGACAAUGCCUUCUUCACUAGUGCAGGUGUGUUGAACCUCGAAGAGCUGUUUAUGAUAAAUAAAGGCUUCAAAAAACCUGAAUGCGAUCACCAAACUCCUCAUAAUAAACUUACUCUUAAGAAUCAAACAUCAUCUGCCUCCAAGAAAUCACCUAUCUUCUCUCAAAACAAGGUCAAACCAGCAUUUGGAGCUUCAAAACUUGUCUCAUCUAAACAUGCUAACAAGCCAUCUGUUGAAGGAUCAGAUAGCGUGAAAACGAAAAAUAAAUCCAGAAAAGCAGGAUUAGGACCAGAUUCGAGUGUUUCCAAGAGGUCUAGAUGGGGAGACUUAUCUGGUCUUCCUAAAUCAACUUCUUUUACUUCUCAAAAGGAUUUAAAAGCUGAUUGCUCAUAUGAAUCAUCUUCUAGUGCUUCUUCAUCUUCUAAAUCCAGUAGAAAGGAAAUCAAUCACAAAAACACAAAACCAACUUCAUCCACAUCCCCUUGUAGCUCCAUUGAAGGAUGGUUAUCUUUAUCUUCUUCUAAUACACCUGAACAUGCAACAAGAUCAUCAAUGGAAAGUCUCCUGCUUUCUAGUGGGCCCAAAAGAAAGAUCAAAUCUUCGGGUCUUCGAAUGCCAUCACCAAAGAUUGGAUUCUUUGAUGAGGGGCAACCCUUUAAAGGAAGUAUGCAGGAGAAAGAGAGUCCUUUACAAUCACAUAACAGAAACAGGCUAAACAAAAACAAAUUCCAGUUAUCUAAUCUUUCUCCUUCUGUUACCCCUGAGAAUUGUUCAAAAGUUAGAAAAGCUUUCAAUGAUGGAAGAAAAAGUGGUGUGAGUUUACAAAAAGAAAUAUCAAACAAAAGAAUGCACAUAGAGGAAAAGAAGCAGAAAGAUGAAGCUAUGAUAGACAUGAAACAAAAGCAAGAUGAGAGUGAUGAGAAAGAGAAUGUGUUUAGUUUUGAAGAUCAAGUCAACGGUUUAACCAAAUGCUUAGAGGUCAUUGAUCUAGACAGGGAUGUGGGUCCAGAGGUCAAAGGUCAACUCUCAAGAACUCCAUUGGCUGAAAAAAUAUAUGGUAAGCAAUAGAAUUGCAUUACAAUUUUGUUUCUUUUUACAUCAACUAUGUUAUAG